AUGGAAGCGUGGAUGAUCUUAGCUCUGAUGAGCUCCCUGGGGUCUGGGAGAAAGUGUCUGCCGUCUAGGGAGGCGGCCCGGCUGCGGGAUUGGGAGGCUGGCUGGCGGCGGGGCAGGCUGGGCUUGGAGGACGACAAGUGGGCCAGUUGGCGAGACGAGGUUACCCGUGGUGAGGGCGACCUCGCCGUCGGGCUUGACGACGACGGAGCAGACGAGGGCGUUCGCGUCGGCAGCCCAGCGGGUGACGGUGGAGACGGGGUCAGAGGUGUCGCCGCGGCGGAAUUACGGGGCGGGGUCGGAGCUGUAGUCGCCCGAGUAGAUGGCGGCGACGAGGUCGUCGGCUCAGGUCCGGGCAGGCUCAUAUGCCGCGUUUCUACACCCAUUGAAUUGUAUUUCGAAAACGACCAGGUUGACUAUGGUCACGGAGAACGAUAA